AUGGUUCCACGCGCUGAGGGAAGCCAAUUGAAGAGGGCUCGGCCCUCUACGGCCGAUUCGGAGGGAGAAUCUUUUAAGAAACCUCGCAGGUCGGAACACACAGCUCAAAAAGCGGACGAACCUACCGCGCAGCCGAAAACCCCCAUAUCCAUCGAGCAGCAACUGCCGUCACCCAUCACGCACAACCCUACCGAGGGCAGCUUCGAUGCCUACAAGGAAGGGACUGUAACACCGCCUGAGGGCCGCCCGAGCCAGGUCGCACAUCGUUCCCCAAUCCAGGGCUUCUCGUCACCACCGCAGGAUACACAAGCGACACAGGCUAUUCCCUCACAGAUUGUUGAUCCAAAGGCCGCGCUUUCCGAUGAGGUCGAAGAUGAGGAGAAGGAGGGUGUCUGGGGCUACCUCUUCCCUCUCGACACCAGAUAUGGCGGCAAAUGUGUCGUUUUGCGGAAGCGUGGUUCCUGUCCUAUGCCUGACACGGAUGGCAAAAGUGACAAGCCAUGCGAUAAAGCCGUGAAGGGCUUCCCAUCGGGUGGUUAUUUGAUCGGACGGCAUCCGGAAUGCGAUAUUGUGGUUGACGACCCCAUCGUUUCGAAUCGACACUGCCUCAUAUUUGCGGAACACAAGGGUAACGACACUGUCGUCAUUCUUGAGGAUCUAUCCAGCAACGGCACCUUUGUCAACGAGGCCAUAGUCGGUCGCAACCAACGGAGGGAACUUUUGGAGCAAGAUGAGAUUGCUGUCAAGGAUACGGCUCGGUUCAUAUUUCGGUACCCUAAAUAUCGCCAAACCAGCGCAUUCUCGCAGCAAUACACACUGCUGGGCAAGCUUGGCAAAGGACACUUUGCUGAAGUCUUUGCAUGCGUCGAGAAAUCGACUGGGCAGCGUUAUGCGGUCAAAAUAUUUUCCAUGGUCCCUGGUUUGGAAGAACGGACCAGGGUAGAAGGCCUUCAGCUCGAGAUUGCUGUACUGAUGGGAGUCAGCCACCCUAACGUACUGUGCUUGAAAGAUACCUUUCACGAGGGCAAUGCAGUGUAUCUGGUGCUUGAGCUGGCCCCAGAAGGUGAACUGUUCAACUUCAUUGUCAUGAAACAAAAGCUUUCAGAGGCUGAGACUCGGAAACUAUUCACCCAACUUUUCCACGGUGUCAAGUACUUGCAUGACCGAAAUAUCGUCCACCGCGAUAUCAAGCCGGAAAACAUCUUGCUGGUUGACAAGGACCUGCAUGUCAAAAUCGCCGAUUUUGGACUUGCCAAAAUCAUCGGCGAGGAGUCUUUCACAACGUCCCUGUGUGGCACACCGAGCUAUGUUGCACCCGAGAUUCUCGUUGAUGGCCGGCAUCGCAAGUACACCAAAGCCGUUGACGUAUGGUCGUUGGGCGUUGUGCUUUAUAUCUGCCUGUGCGGGUUUCCACCGUUCUCCGACGAAUUGACGAGCGAAUCAUUCCCUUACACCCUCACUCAGCAAAUAAAGAGGGGCAUAUUUCACUAUCCAUCCCCAUACUGGGACUCGGUCGGCGAUCCAGCAUUGAGCUUGAUUGACUGCAUGCUUGUCGUCGACCCAGAAAAGAGGUAUACUAUCGAUCAAUGCCUGGCUCACCCAUGGAUGACGCAAGCGCAACCCUCUGUUCACGAUAGCACGGAUGGCCUCGUUGGUGGUUUCGCCGGCCUUGAGGUCAAUAGACGCGGUAUGGUCCGGGAAAGGACACUGCUCUCUUCGAUCAACUCUGUUCAAGUCACACGGGUACCCGCAGGCCCGGACCAAGAACCAGUCAAGGUAUUCAUCAAGAACCCCAAAGACGUCAAAACAACCCGUGCACCAGAACCGGGCCCGUCUCAGAAUCGACGUCCAGAUGAGUUCAUCGAGAUGGGCGGCAAAGGUGAUCAGGUCUUGUUUGGCCAUGACGGUGGGAGUAACUAUCCGUCGACCGAUAUCGCCUCUCAGAAGACUGCCAUAAGUCAGCCUGCGGCCAAUGGCGUAGAGACUCACAAGGAUGGCGAAAUCAAAGAAACAAAGGCGAAUGGAAAGACCAAAGAGCCCACGGCGAAAGGCAAGGGCAAAGAACAGUAA